AAGGACCCGGACGCGUGAAUGGAGGGAGUUUGUGUUAGCAGUUAUCUUGUAAUGCACUAGUCUUUGGCUAAAACAUGUUUCGUUUGUUUCAGAUACCGAAUUUAUCUACAAAGAUGAACACGGAGGCGUCACGCUGUUUGACGCAGAUAAUUUGACCACAACGGUGGUCAUGACUAAUAUAACUUUUGUGUCGAAUGACCUAAGGUAUAUUCUACUGAUCAGUGAUGUUUCUAGAGUUUAUAAGUAUUCUACGAUAGCGAAGUACCACAUUUAUGAAAUUGCUACUAGACUGAGGAAACCCCUUUCCCCGAACGAGCUGGAUGAAAAUGCGCCCUUUCUGCAAUAUGCUACCUGGUCACCAGAUGGCACUGCCGUCGCGUUCGUCUAUGACAACGACAUUUACUAUAAGCCGAAGGUGGAAAAAGAUCUAGUGUGCAGGAUAACCAGCUCGGGACAAGCGGGUGUGAUAUUCAACGGCAUCACAGACUGGUUAUACGAAAGCUACAUCCUGCACAAAUCAGGCGUGGUGUGGUUCUCCCCGGACAGCGUGUACCUGCUAUACGUGACCUUCAACGGCACCAAUGUCGGCGAGUACAAGUACCCGUGGUACGAUGGGGAAGAGGGGCAGUCCGUGUAUCCGAAGAUCAGGUCGUUCAGAUAUCCGAGGGCCGAAACACCGAAUCCGGAAGUCACCGUCUGGAUCGUGAACUUAACUCGACCCAAAUACCUUUUCCCCUUCGAACUCAAGCCCACGAAUAGCGUAGAACCAGACAGUUACGUCACCAGCGCUUCCUUUUAUGGUCAAAACAACGUCGCCAUAGUUUGGCUGAAUCGACAUCAAAACAUCUACGUUAUCGUCACAUGCAGGAUACAGGACUCAUACAAUUGCACCGACUUCCACAUAGAAAAAGAGCACAUAGGGUGGACAGAGCCGAUUUUCCACCCUGUGUUCAAUGAAAACGGCACCAAGGUUUUAGUACGUCUUCCAGUGAAAGAUGGCGAUAAUGGCCAUUAUAUGCACGUCUGUGAGAUCCACAACAAUAAAGUCAGGCCUCUCACUCAUGGAGCCUUCGAACUCACCAGGAUUUUAGCUUGGGAGGAGGAAUAUCAGAACAUAUAUGCAAUAGGAACAAUAGAAAACUCUCCCGGAAUGCGGCAUCUGAUAAAAAUAAUGGACAGCAAAAGUCCUCCCGAGUGGGAGUGUCUGACCUGCAGACCGGAAAUCGAUGUAAAUUCUACUUUUCCGGAAAACUUAAAUGAAACUGUGAUAAGUCAUAGUCUUUGGCUGGACUACCCUUGCGAUUACAAUAACGUAAUCUUUAGCAAAAAUUACAAGUACUACAUCCAAGAAUGUCUUGGACCGGAAAUACCUAUAGUUUUGUUAGUGAAGACUUCUACGAAUGCCAGAAGAGCUAUUUUGGAUACUAGUUUUAAGCUUAGGAGAAAAGUAAGAAAAUUUUCACCGCCGCAAGUGAAAACAAUAUCUGUAGAGAUAGAAUACGGUUUCAAAGCACAAGUGAGGUUAUUUCUUCCAGGCGUCUUAAGAGAAUAUGAAGAAACAACCUUCCCACUUAUACUUCUAGUUGAUGCCGCUCCGUCUUCCCAAGCCGUUUCUUCCAAAUGGGAGCUGUCAUGGCCAUGGUACCUCUCAAGUACUAGGAAUUAUAUUGUAGCACAAAUUGACGCAAGAGGGUCAGGAUUCCAGGGAAUAAAAAUGAGAAGAGAAGUGCAACGGAGGAUAGGACUGAUAGAAGUUCAAGAUCAAAUCGCAGUCCUAACGUAUCUGAGGGACACGUUCAAGUUUAUAGAUAGAACCAAGAUAUGCACAGUUGGAAAGGGCUAUGGAGGUUUCGUUGCAACUAUGAUGCUGUUGCAGGAUUUCCACCAGGUCAUGAAUUGUACCAUCAGUAUCUCGCCUAUUACCAACUGGAGAUUCUUCAAUUCCUACUUCACCGAGAAAUACCUUGGCUUUCCAUCGAAACAUCUCCAGGAAUACGACAACGCCGAUUUGACCUUAAAGGCGGUGAACCUGAACGAUCGCCAUUUCUUAUUGAUUCACGGAACAGCUGACACCGUCGUUACUCCGCAGCACUCUAUGAUGUUGGCAAAGGCUCUUAUCGAGCAAGACAUCCUCUUCCAGCAGUUGGACUAUCCUGACGAAGAUCACAAUUUCCAGAAAAAGGCGCUGUUGCACAUGUACAAGGAAAUCGACUCAUUUUUCAAUGACUCUUUCGGUCCCAUUUAUGACGAUUGGGAUUCAGACGAUGAAACGAGCUUCUUCAUUUGA